CACCAAUAACUUUGUUUGCUUGUAACUUACACUAGCCUAAUUUUUUUUCAUAGUGUUGAUCUAUAACAGUAUGAAAAAAAAUGCGGCUAGUGUAAAUUACAAUCUAUCGGUAUAAUUAUGAUUAUCUAUAGAACAAAAACAAUGCUAAUCACAGAAUAUUCGUGAAAACAUGGGCGAUACAUCACUCAGGCAUGAAGAUGCAGUCGUUGAUUAUUUUAUUAAGCUCCAGGAGACACAGGUAACCGAGAUAGGCAGAUCUAAAGAUAGUAACUUUUCUUCCAGUGAUUUACCAAUGCCAGUAAGAAUAAUAAACUUAACAACACCAAUUAUAGAACAACCUAAUAGAAAUAAUCGGGAUGUCAAUGUAGUAACCAAUCCGAAUGAUUCUUUUAGCAUAAACCACAACUUAUCGAUACAUGGAAUAUCAGUGGAUUAUAAUAAUACACAAGAAAAUAUAGAUGAAAACCCUAUUGCACUUACUGUGAAAUCACAAAUUAAAAAUGAAUAUGCUAUUUCUGACUCUUUAUCAUUUAACGAAAGAAAUAUGAUGGAUGAAAUGCCACUUGGCAGAAAAAUCAUGAUUCCAACUAAUCAACUUUCAACUAGUCAAAUGACUGAGGAUGACGCAUCUCUGAUAAAGAACAAGCAGUGUAAGCGGAAACUUGUGGUAAAGCGUAAGGGAAGGUCAUCGAAAAAAAUGAAGAAAAGCAAGAUAGACUAUGAAAAAUUCAUUGAAGAAAGUGAUCAAACAAUACUUUUUAAUCUACUCUCAAAAGAACUUGAUGCUCAGACAAUCCUUCUGAAAUAUAAAGAGAAAAGAAAUGAAUGGAGUAAGGAUAGAAUACAAAGCGAAACAUCCAGAAUACUCAAUAUCAACUUGAAUAAUGACAGUUCAAAUUCAGAUAAAAAGAGUUCACAUUUGCAAAAGACUUUAGAAGGACUUUAUAAUUAUGUUGGUCAUGAUUUUAUAGAAGCAAUAGUAAAUGUAUGUGGCUAUGAAUUGAAAGCUAAAAUACUAGAAAAUUUGAAUACAGAUGAGAUAAUUGAUAUUCUUGAAAAUUUUGGUACAAUGGAAUUGGCUAAUAUCUUGAAAGUAUACAAACAUGAAAUAUUAGAAUCAGUGUCAGUGGAUGAUAUUUUAAAUCUAAUGAAGUCCAAAACUGAUUUAAACAAGUCUGAAGAAUUAUUUAAUCAAGUUUUACAAAAUGGACCAGAAGUACUAUCAGAGGAAAAUGAACAAAACGUUAAGGACGUCUUAAUAAAAAAAUACAAUAUACACAGUCUUAGAUAUCUAAUUCAUGAUGUUAUAGAUAUGUGUAUGGUUCAACCAAAUAGAUAGGUAAUGAUUAUUUAGAUUAAUAUUGACUUGUGUUUAUAACUUGAAAAAUUAUUAGGAUUUGUAUUUGUAAUGAAGUGUAUAUAAUUUUCUUGUUAUGUGUAUCAAUUUGUUGAUAAUGACUUAGUUACUGAAAUAUCAUUUUCUGUGGCUUUACUCUAAACGCUUAUAAUGAUAAUCAGAUGCACUAUAUGCAUUUACAUAUUAUAAAUAUUUUAAAAUAAUUGUAUUGUGAUAGACGUCAUAAUUUUUGUAAUGCAUAAACAUAUUUUUUGUACGUUUGUUUAUUUAAAAAUUAUUUUUCAGUUACUAUAUUCAGUGUUAAAUUUCCAUCCGCCUAGUUUUUCUACUUGCGCAUCGAAAAUAAUUACUAUAAAUUUUAUUUUUAAGCAAGAAUAUCUCAAAAAUGUACAUGUGUUACAAAACCAAGAUUUUUAAGAGAGUAAAUCAAAAAUUUGUCUAUAAUCAAUUAAUGAAAUUUAAAGAAUCGGAAGAUUUUUAAAUAAAUGGUCGAAGAUUAUUUCAAUUUCUGAUCUAGCUAUUUAUUUCCAUAAUACGAGAAUGUAACGUUUCAUGAAUAUUGGAUCAUAAUUCGUCUUUGAAAUCAAUUUUAUUGACCUCAGUUGCCACAGUUAGAUCGAUCUAGUCACAAAUGUAAGAUUAUAUAAAGUUUAGAAAAAUACUGAACAAUUAUUGAUACAAAUUUAUACAUUUAAAAAAAAAACUCAAUAUUUGAAACAGAAUAAAAAUUUGUUUUAUAGGUAAAUUGAUAUAAUAUUCAUAUACAAAUUUAAAAACUAUGUAGUAUUUUUAGAAAAAUUUUAAAUUUAAUUAAAGUAUAUAAAAAAAAAUGUAUACAAAUUUCAUUACCGUUUCCAAAUCGGAAUAUUUUGUUACAACUGAAAGGAAUAUAUCUAAUCGGAAAUCCAGUGUGAAAUUACAAAAAUGUUAUUUUUAUAAUAUCAUAUCGAGAUUAUAAAAUAAAGUUUUUUUUU